CGGGAGAGCCGACCUCGCCGCCGGCCUCGGGUGGGAGCGGCGGCGGCGGCUCCACCAUGGCGGCCUCCGAGCUCUACACGAAGUAUGCAAGGAUUUGGAUACCUGAUUCAGAACUAGUCUGGAAGUCGGCGGAACUUCUGAAAGAUUAUAAACCAGGAGACAAAGUCCUCCAUCUUCAACUUGAGGAUGGCAAGGGUAUUGAAUAUAAACUUGAUGCUAAGUCUAAGGACCUACCACCCUUGCGAAAUCCAGACAUACUUGUGGGGGAAAAUGACCUGACAGCGCUCAGCUAUCUUCAUGAACCUGCUGUUCUUCAUAACCUCAAAGUUCGAUUUAUAGACUCAAAACUUAUUUAUACAUAUUGUGGUAUAGUUUUAGUUGCCAUAAACCCUUAUGAGCAGCUGCCUAUCUAUGGCGAAGAUAUCAUCAAUGCCUACAGUGGCCAAAAUAUGGGGGAUAUGGACCCCCACAUCUUUGCUGUGGCUGAGGAGGCAUACAAACAAAUGGCCAGAGAUGAACGGAACCAGUCAAUCAUUGUAAGUGGGGAAUCUGGAGCUGGAAAAACCGUGUCCGCUAAGUACGCUAUGAGAUAUUUUGCCACAGUGAGCGGGUCUGCAAGUGAAGCUAAUGUUGAAGAGAAAGUAUUAGCUUCUAAUCCUAUAAUGGAGUCUAUUGGGAAUGCCAAAACUACAAGAAACGACAACAGCAGUCGCUUUGGGAAGUACAUUGAAAUUGGUUUCGAUAAGCGGUAUCGAAUCACUGGUGCUAACAUGAGGACUUACCUCCUAGAAAAAUCAAGAGUGGUGUUCCAGGCAGAAGAAGAGAGAAACUACCAUAUCUUCUAUCAGCUUUGUGCUUCUGCAGCCUUACCUGAAUUUAAAGCUUUGCGAUUGAGGAAUGCAGACUAUUUUCAUUAUACAAAACAAGGGGGCAGCCCAGUAAUUGAUGGAAUUGAUGAUGCUAAGGAAAUGGCUAAUACCCGACGGGCUUGCAGUCUAUUAGGCAUUGUUGAUUCCUGCCAGAUGGGAAUUUUCCAGAUCCUUGCUGCUAUUCUUCACUUGGGCAACGUGUCAUUCACGUCUCGAGAUGCUGACAGCUGUACAAUACCACCUAAACAUGAACCCCUCAAGAUCUUCUGCGAUCUCAUGGGAGUGGAAUAUGAACAGAUGGCUCACUGGCUUUGCCAUAGGAAGCUUGCUACUGCCACAGAGACCUACAUCAAACCAAUUUCCAAGCUGCAAGCCAUCAACGCCAGGGAUGCUCUUGCGAAACAUAUCUACGCUAACCUUUUUACCUGGAUUGUCGAUCAUGUGAACAAAGCUCUGCAGUCCACGGUGAAACAGCAUUCUUUCAUUGGCGUAUUGGACAUUUACGGGUUUGAAACAUUUGAGAUCAACAGUUUUGAACAAUUCUGUAUAAAUUACGCCAAUGAGAAAUUACAGCAACAGUUCAAUAUGCAUGUCUUUAAGUUGGAGCAAGAAGAAUACAUGAGGGAACAAAUUCCUUGGACCUUGAUUGAUUUUUAUGACAAUCAGCCCUGCAUUAACCUCAUAGAGGCCAAAUUGGGGAUUUUGGAUUUGCUGGAUGAGGAAUGCAAGAUGCCUAAAGGUUCAGAUAAUAGCUGGGCCCAGAAAUUGUACAAUACCCACUUGAAUAAGACGGCACUUUUUGAGAAACCUCGUUUGUCCAACAAAGCUUUUAUUAUUCAACACUUUGCAGAUAAGGUGGAGUACCAGUGCGAAGGCUUUUUGGAAAAAAACAAAGAUACUGUCUAUGAAGAACAGAUCAAGGUUCUCAGAUCAAGUAAGUUUAAGAUGCUACCUGAGCUGUUUCAAGAGAAGGCCAUCAGUCCCACUUCAGCAACACCCUCUGGCCGAACCCCAUUGUCUCGAGCAGCCAUAAAACCAGCCAAGUCGAAAAUGGUCCAAGCAAGCAAGGAACAUAAGAAAACUGUGGGGCAUCAGUUCAGAAAUUCUUUGCAUCUCUUGAUGGAGACCCUUAAUGCCACAACUCCACAUUAUGUGCGGUGUAUUAAACCAAAUGACUUCAAGCUUCCGUUUAUGUUUGAUGAAAAGCGGACUGUACAACAGCUUAGAGCUUGUGGUGUGCUAGAAACAAUCCGAAUCAGUGCAGCUGGUUUCCCUUCAAGGUGGACGUAUCAAGAAUUCUUCAGCCGCUAUCGUGUCCUGAUGAAGCAGAAAGAUGUCCUCAGUGACAGGAAACAGACAUGUAAAAAUGUCUUGGAAAAGCUGAUUCUGGACAAGGAUAAGUACCAGUUUGGGAAGACAAAAAUAUUUUUCCGGGCUGGACAAGUAGCUUAUUUGGAAAAAAUAAGGGCUGAUAAACUAAGAGCAGCUUGCAUCCGUAUCCAAAAAACCAUCAGAGGGUGGUUGAUGCGAAAGAAGUACCUGCGCAUGAGGAAGGCAGCCAUCACUAUUCAGAGAUAUGUCCGUGGGUACCAGGCACGAUGCCUUGCAAAGUUUUUACGAAGAACCAAAGCUGCCACCAUUAUUCAGAAAUUCCAGCGCAUGUAUGCUGCCCGCAAGCGGUAUCGACACACCCGAGCAGCUACUGUUGUUCUCCAGUCACAUUUGCGAGGCUAUAUUGCCAGGAAAAAGUAUCAGAAGAUGCUUUGGGAGCACAAGGCCACCAUUAUACAAAAACGUGUGCGUGGCUGGCUGGCUCGCUUGCACUACCACAGGACUUUGAAGGCAAUUAUUUAUCUGCAAUGCUGCUACCGGCGCAUGAUGGCAAAGAGGGAGCUGAAGAAACUGAAGAUAGAGGCCCGCUCUGUAGAACACUAUAAGAAACUCAACGUUGGCAUGGAGAAUAAGAUUAUGCAACUCCAGCGUAAAAUUGAUGACCAGUCACGAGAUUCCAGAUCCCUGGUUGAGAAGCUAACUAGUUUAGAGACAGCAUACAAUUCCGAGAAGGAGAAGCUGAGGAAUGACAUAGAAAGGCUUCGGAUGAGCGAAGAAGAGGCCAAGAAUGCCACCAAUCGCGUCAUUAGCCUUCAAGAGGAGAUUGGCAGGCUCCGAAAGGAGCUGAACCAGACCCAGACUGAGAAAAAAACAAUUGAAGAAAAGGCAGACCACUACAAGCAAGAAACAGACAAGCUGGUCAUGGAACUAAAAGAGCAAAACAUACUUCUUAAAAAGGAGAAGGAUGAGCUGAAUAGUCGCAUCCAAGACCAGGCCAAAGAACUUACAGAGGUCAUGGAGAAAAGGCACCUUGAGGAGACAAAACAACUGGACCUAGAUCUGAACAACGAAAGACAGAGAUACCAGAAUCUGCUCCAAGAAUUCAGCCGGUUAGAAGAGCGAUAUGAUGACCUCAAGGACGAGAUGAAGCUGAUGGGGAGUGUUUCCAAGCCAGGGCACAAGAGAACAGACUCCACCCAUAGUAGCAAUGAAUCAGAAUACACUUACAGCUCUGAGAUCACUGAGGCUGAAGAGUUACCAAUGAGAACAGAGGAACCAGGUGAGAAGAAGGCACCUUUGGACAUGUCUCUCUUCCUCAAACUACAAAAACGAGUGAAGGAGCUGGAGCUAGAAAAGCAGUCCCUGCAGGGUGAGCUGGACCGGAAGGAGGACCAGGUUCUCCGAGCUAAGGCCAAGGAGGAAGAAAGGCCUCAGAUGAGAGGAGCAGAGCUGGAAUACGAAUCACUUAAGCGUCAAGAGCUUGAGUCAGAGAAUAAGAAACUAAAGAAUGAAUUGAACGAGUUGAGAAAGGCCUUGAUGGAGAAGAAUGCUCCAGAUGUCACUAUGCCUGGUGCCCCAGCAUACAGGGUCCUUUUGGACCAAAUGACAUCUGUUAGUGAAGAGCUGGAGGUACGCAAGGAGGAAGUCCUUAUCCUGAGGUCUCAGCUGAUGAGCCAGAAGGAGGCAGUGCAGCCCAAGAAUACCAUGACAGACUCUACAAUCCUUUUGGAAGAUGUACAGAAGAUGAAGGACAAAGGGGAGAUUGCUCAAGCUUAUAUUGGACUGAAGGAGACAAACAGUUCAUCUCUUCAAGACUGUCAUUUGCUGAACGAGGAUGGAGAACUGUGGCUGGUAUAUGAAGGGCUAAAACAAGCCAACAGGCUUCUGGAAUCUCAACUGCAGGCUCAGAAAAGAAGCCAUGAGAAUGACAUGGAGGCCCUCCGUGGAGAGAUUCAGAGUCUGAAGGAAGAGAAUAAUCGCCAGCAGCAGUUGUUGGCACAGAACCUCCAGCUGCCCCCAGAAGCCCGAAUAGAAGCCAGCCUACAGCAUGAAAUCACCCGCCUGACAAAUGAAAACUUGGAUUUAAUGGAACAGCUGGAAAAACAGGACAAGACUGUUCGCAAACUGAAAAAGCAGCUGAAAGUUUUCGCCAAAAAAAUUGAUGAGCUUGAAGUGGGCCAGAUGGAGAACAUUUCACCUGGACAAAUAAUUGAUGAGCCAAUACAUCCUGUUAAUAUUCCAAGGAAAGAAAAAGACUUCCAAGGAAUGUUAGAGUACAAGAAAGAAGAUGAACCAAAGCUCGUUAAGAAUCUUAUUUUAGACCUGAAGCCUCGUGGAGUGGCAGUGAAUCUCAUCCCAGGGUUGCCAGCUUACAUUUUGUUCAUGUGCGUCCGCCAUGCUGACUACCUUAACGAUGAUCAAAAAGUGAGGUCCUUGCUGACUUCGACAAUUAACGGCAUCAAAAAAAUUCUGAAGAAAAGAGGUGAUGACUUCGAAACCGUCUCCUUCUGGCUGUCCAACACAUGCCGAUUUUUGCAUUGUUUGAAGCAGUACAGUGGUGAAGAAAGUUUUAUGAAGCAUAACACAUCUCGUCAGAACGAACAUUGCCUGACUAAUUUUGACCUUGCUGAGUACAGACAAGUCCUAAGUGACCUGGCCAUCCAGAUCUACCAGCAGCUUGUUAGAGUUUUGGAGAAUAUUUUGCAGCCAAUGAUUGUUUCAGGAAUGCUGGAGCAUGAAACUAUCCAAGGAGUGUCAGGAGUGAAACCCACUGGCCUCCGAAAGAGAACCUCUAGCAUUGCCGAUGAAGGGACAUACACCCUGGAUUCAAUAAUCCGACAGCUGAACACCUUCCACUCCAUCAUGUGUCAGCAUGGGAUGGAUCCUGAGCUCAUCAAGCAGGUGGUCAAGCAAAUGUUCUACAUCAUCGGGGCUGUGACCCUCAAUAACCUUCUCCUGCGAAAAGACAUGUGCUCCUGGAGCAAAGGCAUGCAGAUAAGGUACAAUGUAAGUCAGCUAGAAGAAUGGCUUCGUGACAAAAACCUGAUGAACAGCGGGGCAAAGGAGACCCUGGAGCCGUUGAUCCAGGCUGCUCAGCUGCUGCAAGUGAAAAAGAAAACAGACGAGGAUGCCGAGGCCAUCUGUUCCAUGUGCCACGCAUUAACCACUGCACAGAUUGUGAAAGUGUUGAACUUAUAUACUCCCGUUAAUGAGUUUGAAGAAAGAGUGUCUGUGUCUUUUAUCCGGACGAUACAGCUGCGUAUGCGAGACAGGAAGGAUUCCCCUCAACUGUUAAUGGAUGCUAAGCAUAUUUUCCCAGUUACUUUCCCAUUUAACCCAUCCUCUCUUGCAUUAGAAACUAUCCAGAUUCCAGCAAGUUUGGGUCUAGGAUUCAUCACUCGGGUCUGAACCAAGAACAGAGUUAAGCUGUUGACCAUCAGUUUCUACUUACAAUCUCUAAUAAUGAAAAUAAAUUCAGUGAAAAGCCAUUGGGGGUUGGGGAGGAGUAGAGGAAAAGUACUGGAGGAAAAUCGUGUAUAUGCUCUAAACUGCGUUGCAGAAAACUGGAAUGCUGCGUAAUUAUCUCACAACUGAAGGCUGAUGGAAACCAUGCACAUUUGUACAAAUUCACUAGUCUUGUGCUGAGGCCUACAUAAAGCUUUGAGAUUAAGAAAAUCUUCAGUACACACCUAAAUGUGUUUUUCCCCCCCCCUGUUGGUUGCAAGCUGUCCUAUAUUUGCAUUGUAAACCAAAAACAGUCUGUGACUGAUAAAUAAUGAUUGGGUUUUUUUUUCCCUUUUCCUUUUAAGAUCAAAAUUACAAUGUGUACCUGAUGGCAAAGAAAAAAAUGUGUGAAAUUUUAAGUUUAAGAGUUCUGAGAAUCCCUUCAUACGUUCCAUGUUUCACACGUACACUGUUCUGUACCAAACAGCAACCAAUCGCAGGUUCUGUCUGUGUCUCCACUGGGUGGAACAGCUUCAUACAACUGCUUCCAGUGCGGUGGUGUGUGUGUGUACAGCCAAUCCAUAAUGUGUUUCUGAUUCUCAUGUUGACCACGAAGCUAAAGCUGAGGCUAUAUUAAAGCUCCUUAUAAGACAUUUCAGUGUAAUUAAGUCAUAAGUGAUCUGCUAAUUAACAGGAACCAGAGAGGAGCUAAAGCCAGAUGAGAUUUUCAGUGAAGGAUGGAAAUGUUUAAGGAUAACUUCUGUAUACAUACAUACAUACAUACAUACAUGUCAAAGAUCUGAAAAUGUAACAGAAACGGGCAACGUACAGUGUAAUUGAUCAGGCAUUUUGCCUAUACAAACUGUAUUGAAAUAAGUAGGAGAAGUCAUACUCUUGGGAAACACCAUUCAUUAUGACAAGAUUAAAUAGGUUUUUUUUUACAGAUUUCACCCUGAGAGAUAAUUGAUCAAAAUUGUUUCCCUAUUUAUGUCAGUGUGUGACAAAUGAUCAUCAAAAUGUUUUGGUUUACUGUCUGGUACAACAGAGCUGCUUACUAGUACUGCCUCAAAACAUCUCAGAAGUGUCAUGGUGUACUGUGUACUUUUAAAUGUACAACAAUUUUUAAGGAGCAGAAAUGCAGGUUUAUAAAAUCGAUACUACUUUAAUAGUCCCAUCUUUUAACUGGAUUUGUGCAAGUGUCAAGAAACAUAAAUGGUAAUAGGAAACGAUAACUAAGCACAAUACAAGAAACUGGAACCCGGAUAAGGAUUAUUGGAAUAAGGUUUUCUAAAGUCAAAGAACAACCCAACUAUAUUAUAUUUUAUAUUUAUUUAUUGUUUGGAUCUAUGUUGGCUUUUCGUUUUGGUUUUUUAUUUGCCAGAUGUGUGAUAACUGUGCAAUAUUUAUUUUGGGGGGGUUGGGAGGUGGUUUUUUGUGGUGAAAUGGCUCAUCUAAAAUGCAUCUCAAAUAUUUAUCUGGAAAAUAAACUAUUCCCCUACUACCACCCCCACUCCCAGUCCUAUGAUUUUUCUGAAGACCUUGCUACACAUUAAUUAAUUUAAAUGUAAUGUUAUCCCUGAUCUGGACCUCCUUUAUUAAAAAAGAAAGAAAUGUUCCCUUUCUGUUUCUAUGGGAACAUUUCAUCUGGACACAUUAUGAACAAGGAUAUCAUGUGAUUAAAAGGUUUUCCAGAAUCUCUCAGGUUGCAGAUACUCGUCAUGAUUUUCCUCAGUGUGAAACUGACAUUUUGAAAUGUUUGUGAACCCUCACUUAAUGUUUUCCAGACCCUUUUUUAAAAAAAUAAAAAACCCAGAUACGGUGAGUGAUGAUCAGACAUACAUAGGAAGAUGUUGCAAACUGCCGCGUGCAAUAUUUUAAUGUAUCAUAAAAAUCGAAGCGUAUGUUUAUUUUCAAACAUAUCUCUGCUGUAAGGGCACGUUAUUAAAAUGAUGUGGUACUGGACUUAAUUUCUCUGUGCACCUAAAAGAUGCUGUCACUUGAAGAAAGAAACAGGUUUAAAUAGGCUUUUCAUGGGUGAGAAAGAGAUGUGACUGAUAGGGUCACUGUUGAAGUAAAUAAAACAAGCCCAAUAUUCUAAUAGCUGAUAGCUGAUUUGGGACAUCUUCCCCCUAUUUUUAUUUUGUUUUAUUGUGGAUAAGAAAGUAUAUGCUCUUUAAUUGAUUUUUUUUAAAAGAAACAUUCAGGUACCUACACUCAAGCAUAGCCUUUAAUGUGUGUUCUUUAUUUAUGGUACAUUAAAGCGUUUUUACUUGAACAUGCUUACUUUAUAGCUGGCACCAUGUUUACAAAAAUGCCUAAGAAAAUGUGUUCCUUCUAGGAUUACUUUAAAAUGCUCUAUUAAAAGGCAAGCUUCCUCUGUGGCUGUAGCCAGUCAGAGCUUGUUACCACAAAGGAGAUGAAAGUUGCUGUCCUAGAGUGGCCAUUUCCACAUUGAUGGCUUCCUAACUUAUUUGCAUUGUAUUCUCAUAAUGCAAUCCCAGCCACAGGUGUAAAUUAGACUAUUUUUUGUGCAGAGGCUGCAAUUUCUUAUGCAGGGGCUGCAGUCAAAUAAUUGGUGUCCAAAACACCCUUCACAGAGCAGGUGAAAAUACAAAACAGGACUAAUAGUUUUAAUCAGUCGUCUUUAGGGUUAUAAAGCCCCAACUCAUGCUCCCAGCAAGAUUAGCCAUACUGGUUGUGGAUUAUGAGCAUUCAUGUUCAGAAUCGGGGGGGAAUUCAAGAGUAACCUUAGAAAGCCCUGGAUUGGCCAGCUUGGGAUAAUUACUGCUACUUACAUGGCGAAGUACACUAACUUCUGGAUUUGCACUGGAUUCGUGGUAUAUCAUGAAAAGGCUCUAACAGAAAUGAUUUAAGGAGACAGAAGUACUUUUAAACUCUAGCACCCCAACUAUUUUUCCCCCAGUAUAUCUUCCUACUGAUUCUCUAGAAGUACUGGAAUUCUGCCUUUUCAUUUCAACUGAAUAUUUUUUCCAAGGAUUUGGCAAUUCCAGAAGUGAUAAUAUUGUUUAAAUGUAUGAUUUUUAAUUUUCAUUGUAUUUGUAUAAAAGCCUUAUUGUAUCUUGUUUACUAAUAAGAGUGAUAGAUGCCUGUAGGCAUUAUCCUCAUACUGAGCAGUCUGAUUAAUAUAUCUUUGUCACAUUAAAACUGAAUGCUGCUUUUCAUGUUUUAAAGGAAGCUACUGAGUUUAACUGUGCUUUGUAAUUCAUCAAAUACUUUACAUAUCAGUAUUUUACAUGCACUUUUCAUAGGUUUAAUAUUUUAAUGUUACAUGCUAUAAAACCAGCUGUUUUCAAGUUAGAAUUUGUAGAAUCUAACACAAAUCUAGUUUUGCUUAUUUUUUUCCCGUUUAAAACAUGAUCAUGUUGUUUUAAUGUGGAUGUGUUGCUGUUUCUAAUUUUAACCAAUAUGCUAUAUCCUCCCCAGUGCUGAAAGAAGUGCUUUUGAAACGUAUAGUCCCGAAGUAUUCCUCAAAUAUUACCUCAUUAAGUUUCAGGUAGUUUUUGUUUUUUCUUCCAAUGACACGUUCACUGCUUCUACUACAUAAUCUUGUGCCCUAUUUCGAAGAACGUUUCUCUAGCAUCUGUCUGGAACAAUUUUGUUUCAUGGUAUGUUAAUCCGUUGUGCAUUCCUGCACACACUUUUUAGAGCCCUAAGAAAGUUGCAGGUGGUGAUUAAUGUACUGUACUUAAAACACACUUGCUUUGAUCAUACAGCUGCUUUCUUGCUUGUGCUGGCCCAGUUGUUUUCAGUGCACUUCCCCACAGAAUCCCACCAUCAUGAGGGUGUCCUAGGUGGGUUGGGGGCAUUGAUUUUUCUGUUUCCACAUGUCCAAAGCUUUGUGCAUCUGGUAGCAGUCACAGUAAAUUUGCACUAUUCGUAAUAGGUCUCUCCUGCUGAUAGAUGUCUGCUUCUGUGGGGCAGAUUCUCCCAGGACAUCUGAUCUCACAAGCAGCAGAUUUUAGCAAAGGAAACCAUUUCAGGGCCAUACAUGGAUACAAAGUCCUCCUGAUUUCAGUAAAGCUUUUCUUAAAGCAGCACUCUUGGCUUUUUGAGUUAGUUUGCUAUCUCAAACCAUUUUUUUUUCUUUCAAGACUUUAAAAACUGGACACAUUUCAGCAGCAUUUUUUUAAAAUCACUUGAUCAUUGUACUUUUAAACUUGCAAUUACUUUUGAAGCAAAAACAACAGGGUGUAGGGUCUUCUCCCCACUAGACAUUGCCAGAGUAGAUAGAAACCAAAAUGUUAUCCCUACGACUUCAGCUUGGAAUUGUCAUGGUGUCUGACAUAAUUAAUUAAUGUAUGCUUCAUAAAUGCUGUAUCUUAGAAGAAAUGUCCAAAUAAAAGGAAAUGCUAAAAAGUCUA